AUGGGUAUCAAACAACUCUUUUCCAUCAUCAAGGAAGAGGCCCCCGAGGCCAUCAAGGAGGGGGAGAUAAAGAAUCAGUUUGGACGGAAAGUUGCCAUUGACGCCUCCAUGAGCAUCUACUCCUUCCUCAUCGCAGUACGGUCCGACGGCCAGCAGCUGAUGAACGAGACGGGAGAGACGACGUCGCACCUGAUGGGCAUGUUCUACAGGACGCUCCGGAUGGUGGACAACGGCAUCAAGCCGCUGUACGUCUUCGACGGCGCCCCUCCCAAGCUCAAGUCGGGCGAGCUGGCCAAGCGCUUCCAGCGCAAGCAGACGGCCAACGAGGGGCUCGAGGAGGCCAAGGAGACGGGCACGGCCGAGGAGGUCGAGAAGUUCUCGAGGCGGACCGUCCGGGUGACGCGCGAGCACAACGCCGAGUGCCAGCGCCUGCUGAAGCUCAUGGGGAUCCCCUACAUCGUCGCCCCCACCGAGGCCGAGGCCCAGUGCGCCGCCCUGGCGAGGGCCGGCAAGGUCUACGCCGCCGCCAGCGAGGACAUGGACACGCUCUGCUUCGACACGCCCAUCCUGCUCAGGCACCUCACCUUUUCCGAGCAGCGCAAGGAGCCUAUCCAGGAGAUUCGACUGGACAAGGUUCUCGAAGGGCUGAACAUGGAUAGGACACAGUUCAUCGAUCUCUGUAUCCUCCUAGGAUGCGACUACCUUGACCCGAUACCCAAGGUUGGGCCCAACACGGCUCUCAAGCUGAUACGCGAGCACGGAUCGCUGGAGAAGGUGACGGAAGCCAUGGAGAAGGACGCCAAGAAGAAGUACGUGGUCCCCGACGACUGGCCGUACAAGGACGCGCGCGACCUGUUCCUGUCGCCCGACGUGCGCGCGGCCUCGGACCCGGAGUGCGACUUCAGGUGGGAGAAGCCCGACGUCGAGGGCCUCGUCAGCUUCCUGGUGACCGACAAGGGCUUCUCCGAGGACAGGGUACGCAGCGGAGCCUCGAGGCUGGAGAAGAACCUGGGGAGCUCCCAGCAGGCCAGGCUCGAGGGCUUCUUCAAGCCCGUGCCCAAGACCGACGCCGAGAAGGCGGCGCUCAAGAGGAAGGCGGACGAGAAGAAUGAGGAGAAGAAGAAGAAGCAGAAGAAGGACAAGAAGGACAAGGCCGCGGCCAAGUCGAAGCCCAGGGGAGCUGCUUGA